GAUAGACCUCGCCCUUUGCUCCCAUGGCUUCCGGCUUCUCCUCCUCGCCGUCGCGUGAGACUGCUCUAAAACCCUAGGCGUUGAGACCCCAAUGGCGACGGCGACCGCCGCGGCGGCCGCGCCCGCAUUCGCGCUCACACCAUCCCUCUCGCGCCGCGGCUUUCUCCCUCUCCCUCGCCGCGCCGGCCGGCCCAUACCCCAUUCGCUGCGGCUGGUCGCGUCGGCCGUGAGGCGGCCCCGCGGCGCGGUCGUGGUUGCGGCGAACGCGGCGGCUGCGGCAGGGAGCGGGGAGUUUGGGGACGAGGAGAACCCGUACGAGCUUCUGGGCAUCAGGCCGCUCGACAGCUUCGACCAGAUGAAGAUGGCCUACAAGAAGAAGCGCAAGGACGCCGAGGAGACUGCAGACGACGAAUUUCUGGCCAAGUUGGACAGGGCCUUCGACACCGUCAUGAUGCAGCAGCUGCAGUAUCGGAAGAAGGGAGUCACAUACGGGUCUGUUCAGGUGUCCAAGGACAUCAAGUAUGCUGACAAUCAACCAGUAGUGCCCUGGGGACCGAGAUUCUCCAGAUCAACAGUGAAGGACAUGCGCAUAAAUAUGGCAAUAUCAGCAGCAUUUGUUGUUUGGAUAGCUAUAAUGGGCAAUGCAGACUGGAAGCCUUUGCAGUUCCUGUGUUUUGCUUUCUUCUAUAGAAUACUACAGAAGCUAAGAGCUACUGAACCACCAAUCACUCCAAUAUACAAUGAAUAUGGUGAGGUUGAAGGACGGGGGAUACGAAUGGCGAAAAGAGUAGUCCGCGCAUUGGGUUUGAUAUUUGGAUGUGUUUUCACUGCGUCCCUGGGUUAUACAGCAGCUAUUAACUUGAUUGAGCUUUCAUGGCAGUACACUCCCCGUAUUGUUUAUUACUACCAGGAGAUGAUUGUUACCGCAGCUGCAGCCUUUCUUCUGUAUAUCACAGCUUCAUACUAUCGAUGAACACGACAAGGAAUUUUGUUGAGGCUUAGACGGUCCUGAGAUGUUUGGACAUGCCAAGUUUCAGUCAGAGGCCAACUUGACUGGUAGUGCCUUGUCCAUCGAGGGAAAGUCAAGAAUCCACAAAUUUUGUAGCAUACUUUACCAGCAUCUGUCAGGUGUGAGGCAGAGAGUUUUUAGUGCAGGCUUUUAUGUGAGCAGUUAUGGAUUCACCGGCACAAUGCUGAUGGCUGAUGAAAACAUUUCGCGUGCAUAUUUCAACAGCAGUGUAAUGUAUGGAAUUUUUAUUAGAUGUCCCUAUACUCAGAUACUUGCAAUGCACUUGAUCAAUUAAGGUGAUUCUGUUGUUAGGCUA